GAGCAGAGCGGUAAAUGUGAAUAUGAAUCACAGCAGCGUCCCCAUCAGCAGAAACCUGUUGGCCCUUCUGAUGACAGGACUUUAAUGAAUCUAGCAACAAUCAGAGCUCGUUUCACUGGAUUCAAAGGUCUUAAUUAAACAUUGUUUGGAGGAUACAUUAAAAGAACGAAACUAAACAUCCUGGCAAACUGCCACAGGCACCCAGUUGUUUUGAUUGUCAUCUUUUGACCUUGCCUUUUUAUUAGUAGAAGGGUGGCACUUCUGUCACUGCACUGUGGAAAAGUCUGAGGAUGGAGCAGCAUGCCAUCACUGCUCAGAACCUCCAGAACCCCGUCCCAGCCAGGACGUCCCUGUUGGAGCUGAAGACGGAUUAAGAGUGGAUCAACCACACAGAACCCUCUGGAGUGGAGAGGAGACGGCUCAUGACUGAUAGGAAACUAUUUUAAAAAUAAGGCCCAGCACACCCAUCCUCAGUGAAGAUGAGUCACAUGAAGCAGUUUAAGCGGAUUCCCAUGUCAAAGUCCAUGAGGAGCUUGUGUAAAGAGGAAGACUAUGCCUUUCUGGGAAUUUCAGCAAGCACAAUGAAGGAAACCGCAGGAUUGGCUGCUCUGGAGGAUCGCUGGAGAGAUGAAAAGGAGAGGCGGGUCCGUAGGCAGUUGGAACGGGAGAAGCAGGAACAAGACCGAGUCCGGGCAAUCGAGGAGAGCAAGAAGGAAAAGGAGCGGCAAUGGCAGACUCACAUAGCAGAACUGAACUCCAGCCAAGAGACGUUUGUGCAGAAAAGACUGGCGAGGCUCAGAGAAUUCAGGGAGUUUCAGAGGAACGUGUUAGCCAGCGAGGAGCGCAUGGACGGUGAAGCCGCAGACCAACUCCUCAAAAGAAUGUAGAUGUAAAUGGAUAAAUGUGUGGACAUGCGCUUCAAUGCACAAAACCUGCAAUCAAGCUUAGCAACAACCAAGUUAGCAGCACAUUGUGAUGCACUUUAAACCAAAAUGUUUUGGAUUCUUUAAAUGUACUCACUUUUUAAAUGCCCUUACAGCUUUGUUUGCACUCACAGAAAAGUAGGUUGUUGAGUAAUAAGAUACUUAUUGCAAUAAACUAGAGGCUGUAAAAAAACUAUUUCAAUAAAAUAAAACAAAACUAAAAACUAAAACCAGAAAGAAACACCAUAGUGCUAAAUAAUGACAGGAUCCAGCAGGGAACAAUUGUAAACACACACAUGUAGGAUUGUCCCUAGCUGUACAAGUGUGAGGUUGUGUUUAGUUGUGUGACCCUGCAAAAGACUGGUGACCGGUACAGGGUGUACCCCAGCUUUGCCCUACAGAAGCUGGGAUAGGCUCCACCCACCCAUGACCCUGAAAGGGAUUCAAUAGGUUUUGAACAGAUGUAAACAUAAACUACCACCUCAUUGUGGUUUGGGGUGGCUGGAUGGCUCAGUUGGCUGCAUGUAGGACUGGUGCGUGGGUCCCUACACAAGACCCUUCGUGCUACUCUAUUACUAUGGAGCAAGAAGGGGGUUCAAGUCUGGGUCUCCCUGUGCCGGUUCCCAGCCCGGAUAAAAAUACAGGGUUGUGUCAGGAUCGCUGCCAAACCAGCCGUGCCACUCAGUGGAAGCUAAUACACUGUGUCAACCCCUAAAAGGAUAUGCCGAAAGGUGAACCACAACAACCAUAUUGUGGUUGGGGGACAAGAGCUUGACGAUAAUAUGGACGAAGUGACGAGUCAGACUAAGAACAGGUCAAAUGUCCCUUAAGGAAUCUCAAAGGUGAAAACUAAGUUGUCCAGAUGUAGUGAGCCCCAGUGUUGAGGUUCUCAGGCGAGCGCAUGGUGGCCUCUUCCUACAAGACACAGCUCAGACAAAACCGCCUACAUGGAAUCCUCUUCCUGUAGAACACCACCUACAAGAAAGACCACAUCAGAUUGGUUUAGUGUGAUUUGGGUGUCAGGAACUGGUGGUGAAGGACCCAAAAUGCAGGAGAUCAAGCUUGGUGACAAACUUAAACACUUAAUAAAUUAACCAGCACAUGACAAAAACCAAUGGAGAAACAUAAAGGUGACACAACAGAGCAGAUCAGAUGACCUGACAAUGACAAACUGAAAACCAAACACUUAAAUAGACUGAGAGGAAUGGAUAAGAAUGGAAGGAGCUGUGGAUGAUCAACGCAAAUCUAGAGUGACUGAUAGAAGAACAACUCUGAGAAUGAACAAAACCAAGAACGCAACGGAAAAACCAAACAGCACAGAAUGACUAUAAUGUCACAAAUAGGUUCUUUUUCAAACUGCAUUUUUCUUCAACAAUUUGAAAAAAGAACAACAAUUAGAAGAUUCAUUUUCUUUAAAUAUAUCAUCCAUGGUCACAAGAACAUUUUCAAAACACUAUUUUCAAUGGAGUGGGUCUUUAAAUAUCGCAGCAAUUUGUUGCAGGCCAUUACAGGAUAUGUCUUUAAGGUAGAGCGAACUAAUAACUUCAGCUGAGCCAACAAAAGUUUUUAAGCCUUCACAAACUGCUGUUGGUGCACAAAAAUGUCUGUGCCUCCUGAGGCUAAAUAUUACCACCAUUGUAAUUUGUAGAAGUCCAAAUGGUUUAUUCUACAUCUCUAUCAUAGAUCUGGAGUUCCUGUCAGAAUGAAUGUGUCGAGCAGCUCAUUUUAGGAACAAACUGCCAACAGGUUAUUUUUAGGAGCCUCUCAAACAUUUAGCCCACAUUUUUACAACGAUGAAGUUUGUUUAAAUAAGAAAAAACAUGUUUUGGCGCCAGAUGUCCCCAAAAGUGCAAUUUAAGACAAUACUUUUUGUACCAACAGUUGUGUUUGUUUUAUUGACGAAUGGAGUCUACACAUCAAUGCGCGUCGAACCAAAAGUAUGUUUUUGCAAUUUAUAAUCUACAUUGCAUGUGUGCAUGUACGCUGUCAACAUUUUUUACAGACAAUAAAAAAAUGCACAAAAAAA